UUUUCAUUUUCAAACAUGGUGCAUUUUAUACGAACAUUAAAAAGCAGUUUUGCCAUCUUAUUACAGAAUCUUAAAGUGGGAAUAUUGAAUAAAUGUCAGUUAAUCGUACCAUAUUUGGUACUGUUUAUUUGCUUUGCUACAAUAACAAUGAUAUACCAACGUCGUGAAAACAUAGAGAAACUGGUGGGGAAAUCAACAACACAUCUUUUUGGAGAAGGUGAUGUAGUAAAGGAGAAGAAGCUGCCUGGUUUGCUUAUAGUUGGCGUUCAGAAAUGCGGGACCCAAGCCAUCGCAACUUUCUUAGCGCAUCAUCCAAAUCUCACAAGAGCGGGACAUUGUGAGAUACAUUUUUUUGAUAAAAUUACAGAAAAAAAGCCAAAAAGCAUCCAGGAGUACAUCGAUAUAAUGCCAGAAACUGGCCCUUGGGAAAUUGCCUUCGAGAAAACACCAGCUUAUUUUGGAGGAACUGACCCUGUUCAUAUUUAUAACAUGUUGCCUGAUGUGAAAAUAUUAAUUCAAAUGUGCAAUCCCAUUGACCGCGCAAUGUCUUCUUUUCUGCACUCUCAGCAUUUAAAUCCAAAAGUAAAAUUCGCGAAUAAUGCUUCCUUCGAGAGUAAAGUAUUUGAUGCCAAUGGAAAUAUCAAUACAACUUGCAUCGCUAUAAGGAGAGGAGUAUAUGUUUAUGAUCUUCUUGACUAUUUAAACUAUUUUCCACGUAAGAAUAUUCUCAUACUUGAAACAGAGGAGUUGAAAAAGAAUCCAGCCGAGACUUUACAAAAAGUUGAAAAAUUCCUGAAUAUUCCCCCCUUUUUUAAAGAAGAGCAAUUUUAUAUGCAUCCAAAGUUGAACACAAGUUGUGUGCAUAUGGAAUACCUACAUACAGAGCGAUUCUCGGCAGAAGAAUGCCUGGGUGGAAACAAACACAGAAAGCACCCAGAUAUGAACCCAGAUACUAGACAAAAACUUCAAAAGUAUUUUACUCCGUUAAAUAAAAAGUUAAGCAUUGUUGCUAGAAUGAAUUUCUCAUGGAUAUAGUUUCUUUACCCUGACUUGUCUCAGCAUUCUAUUUUUCCUAGGGAAAUCAAUGAAGGGGAAAAUGUGGACGAAUCAAGAUUUCAAAUUUUCAACCUAUUGGACAAAUUCGUAUCCUGUAUAUUGUAUUUUCUACAGCAGCUGGUUCAACACUUACUGACUCUUGUCCUGAGCUAUGGUGGAUAUAUA